GUGUUAUCUUUAAAUUGUUUUAUUAAAAAAAGGCUAAAACAACUAUUUUCCUGCGACCUACGUUGUCCUAUUAAAGGUUAUGCAGGUGGGUGCACCUUUAUACGGCCUUUCUAUGGCCAUCAUUACUGCUAUUCGCAUUGGCACAUCAUUUGUGAUAGCUCAGUGGAUAUCUAUAGUGUGUUGUUGUAUUGCCAACAAGCAGAUACUUCGGUUGUGUUUGUUGCUGCCAGAGCAAUUAAAUGCUGCAAACCAUAAAGGUAUGCCGCAAAGUCAUAGUCACCACUGGACUCCCAAGAGUGGUGAACAUACCAGUGGUGCUUUCCUUUUUCUUUUCUUUUUUAAAGCAGAUAAACGUCUAAUUUUUCAUUAGAGUGGGCCGAUGUUGCCAAACUCUGAUCAUUUGUGUUAUGUUUCUUUAGCCUGGGAGCUUUAAUUAAGGAUUGGACUCUUGGCUGAAGUGUGGUGUAUUAAACCAAACUUAAGUUUAAGCUUGGCAAAUCCUCUUUCAAGUCUUUCUUGCCCUGCAAGCCUGGCUCAGACUUGUUUUGUGUGUGUGUGUGUGUGUGUGUGUCCUCCACCAGGAGGAUCAUAUUUCCCUGUUAAACCCUGUAAGGCCAACACAUACCACACACAUUUGCCAGCAUCGAUGUUGCAAGUGUUACUGUGAUUAGCAGUGUGCCUAUCAGUGGUUGUAAGGAAAAGUUGAGCCAUGCCAUCAGUUCCCUCAUCCAAAGAGACCACAGUCAACAGCCCUGUGUGCCCACACGCUGGCAAGCUGCACGGCUUCAGCAACGGAGAGAACAAAGUCAAGAACGGAGUCGAGAACCUGAAGACCGAGGAGGAGUCGCAGGAGGCAGCCAGAAACAUUCAGAUCAAAACAAAGAACUCUUCUCCCGAAAGGAAAUGGAUCAGGCCCGACCUUCCCAGCCGCUGCACGUGGAGCCUAGAAGCCUCAAAAUCCGACUCCCCCCACACUCAAGUUUCAAGGACUGUUGCACCAGCCAUUCUCCCCAACAUCCUGAACAAAAUCGGUGACACACCCAUGGUACGCAUCAACAACAUCCCCAAAGCCUUUGGACUCAAAUGUGAAAUAUUGGCCAAGUGCGAGUUCUUUAAUGCGGGCGGCAGCGUCAAGGACAGAAUCAGUCUGCGGAUGGUGGAGGACGCUGAGAGAGCCGGGAUCCUCAAGCCAGGAGACACCAUCAUAGAGCCCACCUCUGGAAACACUGGUAUCGGACUCGCUCUGGCUGCAGCAGUGAAAGGCUACCGUUGCAUCAUUGUCAUGCCAGAGAAGAUGAGCAUGGAGAAGGUGGAUGUCUUGAGAGCACUCGGAGCAGAGAUUGUACGUACGCCCACCAGCGCCCGUUUUGAUUCGCCAGAGUCUCACGUGGGCGUGGCCUGGCGCCUUAAGAACGAGAUCCCCAACUCGCACAUCCUGGACCAGUACCGCAACCCGAGCAAUCCCCUGGCUCACUACGACACCACAGCCGAGGAGAUCCUGGAGCAGUGUGAAGGUAAGGUGGACAUGCUGGUGGCUGGUGCAGGCACAGGAGGGACGAUCACAGGCAUCGCCCGCAAGCUGAAGGAAAGAUGCCCAAAUAUCAAAAUUGUUGGUGUUGAUCCUGAAGGUUCAAUCCUGGCUGAGCCAGAGGAGCUUAACAAGACCGAUAAGACCCAGUAUGAGGUGGAGGGCAUCGGGUACGACUUCAUCCCCACCGUCCUCGACAGAUCGGUGGUCGAUACGUGGUACAAGUCCAACGAUGAGGAGUCCUUCAACAUGUCUCGUUUGCUGAUCAGAGAGGAAGGCCUGCUGUGCGGAGGCAGCUCAGGGACGGCCAUGGCAGCAGCUGUGCAUGCCGCCAAGGAGCUUAAAGAGGGCCAGCGCUGUGUGGUGAUCCUGCCGGACUCCAUCCGCAACUACAUGUCAAAGUUCCUGAGUGAUAAGUGGAUGGUCCAGAAGGGCUUUUUGAGGGAGGAGGACCUCAUGGUGAAGAAACCAUGGUGGUGGAACUUGAAGCUGCAGUGCCUGAACAUGUCUGCCCCGCUCACUGUCCUGCCUACUGUUAGCUGCCAAAAGACCAUCCAGAUCCUCAAGCAUAAUGGCUUCGACCAGGCGCCGGUGGUCGAUGACACAGGAUUGAUCCUGGGCAUGGUGACUCUAGGCAACAUGCUAUCUUCGAUCCUUGCAGGGAAGAUCAACUUGUCAGAUCCUGUCAGCAAAGUGCUUUACAAGCAGUUCAAACAGAUCACACUGACUGACAACUUGGGAAAGUUGUCCUCGAUUUUGGAGAUUGACCACUUCGCUCUGGUGGUACACGAACAGAUCCAAUACUUGACUGAUGGCUCUCAUAGCAAAAAGCAGAUGGUUUUCGGGGUGGUGACAGCUGUCGACCUGCUCAACUUCGUCACAGCCCGGAAGAGGCAGGAGCGCUCCAUGUCAGAAUCCACCGAUGAGCUGAAUUAAAAACAAAGACACUACAAGCCUUUACAUUUCUUACUUUAGAAUGACAAACACAUUGACAUUUAGUUUAGUGUGUUAAAGAUGGCAGAAAGGUGUUGUGUUUUUUUUUUGUUUGGGUUUUUUUUUUUUUAGAAGUUUUGGUUUGAGUUUGGCUCUUAUUUCUCUCUUUUUGAAUCAUAUGUUUGACCUUGAGUCUUGAAGCGUAAUAAGCAGAAUAAUUUGUUCUACUGUCAGCUUAUGAUGGGGGUUGUUAUUAUUGCUUAAGCCUGUAGUGCUCGAAUCUUUUAUAAGUUUUGUUACAGUGUAGACUUUUAUUGUUUUGUAUUGGACUUGAAGAGAGGCUGCGAGGAAAAUAAAUGAUUGUAUCAUCACUUUGGCUUUGUAUACCAGACAGGAAUACAAAAGUCACAUUCAAUUCAUUUAUUAUGGGAGUUGCUGUGGGUAUGUGUGUGUAUAUAUGCCUAUUAUGUUUUCAUUAUUGCUCACUGUAUGCUGAUUUCAUGAUUGUGUGUACACAGAAUAAUCCAUAUCAGGUAAUCUAAAAUCUGAAUAUAAUCAUGGUGUUAUUCAAGUGUAAAGGAGUCUGGACUACUUAAUCUUUGCAGUGUCUAGGAGAAAAAUAUUUUUCUAUGACAUCAUUUUUCCUUAAUCAAUGUAUAAGGCUAAAUAAAAAUUACACUCUGUAGCA